AUGCCUGUAUUUGAUUGUGUUAUUAAAUGGGUAAGACAUGAUUUAGAUCAGAGAAAAAAUGUUUUGCCACAACUAAUGGAACAUGUACGAUUGCCAUUAUUAAAGCCUGAUAUUUUAGAUAAUGCGGUGGAAGAACCUCUUCUGAAUAAUUGUCCUAAAUGUAGAGAUUAUGUAUUUGAAGCAAUGCACUUCCAUCUAAAAAAAUCAGUUCAGCAAUUCACCAUGCCAAAAACCAUUAGUUGUACAUCUAGACAAUUUGGUGGUUCUCAAAGAGUUAUUCUAAUGUUCAUUCGGUCUGAUACAUUUCCAAAGUGUUAUACAGAGUGGUAUGACCCAGUAACAAAUCUACGAGAGAAUGCACCAGGGAUAAAUGAUUGUCGUCGGUCGGCUGGUCUUGGUGUAAUAAGAUAUAAAUUUGUGUUUUCUGUGGGCGGUAUAUCUAAAUCUGUUUUUAUGCUUGAUGUUUCUUUAAAAUCACCAUCUUGGGUUCCAAUGGCCAACAUGUUAGUUAGUCGAGAUUGGUUAGGAGUCGGAGUAUUAGGUGAUUCUAUAUAUGCUGUCGGUGGAAGUGACGAUAACAGUGGUUUAGAUAGUGUAGAGGUCUUUGAUGUCAGUAUUCAAAAAUGGCAAAUGGUUUCAAGUAUGUCAAUUAAGAGAAUUACUGUUGGUGUUGGUGUACUCAAUUAUCAUUUAUACGCGGUUGGAGGUUAUAAUAGCAGUGAAAACAGUUUAAAAUCUGUAGAAUAUUAUGAUCCUACACUUGAUGCAUGGACGGCAGUUGCAGAUAUGUCUGUGUGUCGUCAAGGUGCUGGUGUAGGUGUCUUGGAUGGGCUUAUGUAUGCUAUUGGUGGUUAUAAUGGUUAUGAGUUUCUUAAAAGCGUUGAGGUUUAUAGACCGAGUGAUGGAGUUUGGUCUUCUGUAGCUGAUAUGGAAAUAUGCCGAUUUCGUCCUGGAGUAGUGGCAUUAAAUGGUUUAUUGUAUGUUAUGGGCGGAAGAUUUGAUAAAUCUAUGAACGAUAAUGUAGAAAUUUACAACCCGAAUACUAAUACUUGGACCAUGGAGAGAUUGUCAAGAAAUGGAGUACGAAUUUAUGGUGGAGUAGUUGUUAAUAGACCACCAAAUUUUAUUAACUAAUAGUCUCAUUAUUAGUAGUAAUAUUAAAAUAUUUAUGUAUAAUUUAUGACAAAACGUGUAUUGUUCUAU